CGCAUGCGCAGUCGCGCAAACCGUUAUGAAACAGGCUGAUUUUGGCCCGGUUAAGUUAAACGCUGGAGUUGUCAAUAAAGCGAGAAACUGUCGUUGAACCGAGAGCACGAAAAUCUCUCUGAAAUGAUUUUGUCACCGGGGCUCACAUAAAGACGUGUUUUGCUCCUUUAACUGCGCUUUAGGCUCCUCUGCUGUGAGAUCAUGGCCGUAAACUCCAUCUACUGGUUCCGGAAAGGUCUCCGGCUGCACGAUAACCCUGCCCUACUGGAGGCCGUGCGGGGGGCGAACACCCUGCGUUGCGUCUAUUUCCUGGACCCCUGGUUCGCCGGAUCGUCCAACCUGGGUGUGAACAGGUGGAGGUUCCUGCUGCAGUGUUUAGAGGAUCUGGACUCCAGUCUUCGGAAACUCAACUCUCGUCUCUUCGUUAUCCGCGGCCAGCCCGCUAACAUCUUCCCCCGACUGUUUAAGGAGUGGAAGAUCAGCCGGCUGACGUUUGAGUACGAUUCGGAGCCGUUCGGGAAGGAGCGCGAUGCUGCUAUUAAGAAGCUGGCGUCUGAGGCAGGCGUGGAGGUCAUCGUCAGAAUCUCACACACACUCUACAACCUGGACAAGAUAAUAGAGCUGAAUGGGGGUCAGCCUCCGUUGACCUAUAAACGCUUUCAGACGCUGGUCGGCAAUAUGGAUCCUCCAGAGGCGCCGCUGGAGCCGCUGACGCUGGAGCUGAUGGGAGGCUGCACCACGCCAGUCUCCGAAAACCACCAGGAGAAAUUUGGUGUACCUGCACUGGAGGAGCUUGGGUUUGACACCGAGGGUCUGGCUCCAGCUGUGUGGCCCGGGGGGGAGUCGGAGGCAUUGGCCAGAAUAGAGAGACACCUGGGCCCUGACUUGUCCACAGCAUGGCAGGAGAACUUUGAGCGUCCGAAGAUGAACUCUAGCCCCCUGCUGGCCAGCCCGCUUGGACUCAGCCCGUACCUGCGCUUUGGCUGCCUGUCCUGCCGGCUGUUCCACUCCAAACUCACCGAACUCUACAAACGGGUGAAGCAGAACGGAACUCCCUCUAUCUCUCUGUAUGAUAAGCUGCUAUGGAGGGAGUUCUUCUACACGGCCGCCACCAACAACCCACGGUUCGACAGGAUGGAGGGGAACCCUAUUUGUCUGAGGAUUCCAUGGGAGCGGAACCCAGAGGCUCUGGCCAAAUGGGCUGAGGCUCGGACGGGUUUCCCCUGGAUCGACGCCAUCAUGACCCAGCUGAGGCAGGAGGGCUGGAUCCACCACCUGUCCCGACACGCUGUGGCCUGUUUCCUCACCCGCGGUGACCUGUGGAUCAGCUGGGAGGAGGGUAUGAAGGUGUUUGAGGAGCUGCUGCUGGACGCUGAUUGGAGUGUAAAUGCGGGCAGUUGGAUGUGUCACUCCUGCAGCUCAUUCUUCCAGCAGUUCUUCCACUGCUACUGCCCUGUCGGCUUCGGCCGCCGCAUCGACCCCAACGGAGACUUCAUCAGACGUUAUUUACCUGUCCUAAGAGAAUUCCCAGCCAAGUUCAUCUACGAUCCCUGGAACGCUCCGGAGGAGGUGCAGGUGGCAGCGAAGUGUGUGAUCGGAGUGGAUUACCCGAAGCCCAUGGUGAACCACGCCGAGGCCAGCAGACUGAACAUAGAGCGCAUGAGGCAGAUCUACCAGCAGCUGUCGCGCUACCGCGGCCUCAGCCUUCUUGCUACUGUGCCAUCGAACCAUGUGGAGGAUCUGAACAUGAACGCGGUCAGUGGGACAGCGCCCUCUCCUGGCAAGCGCAGCAGAAGCAGUGUGCUGGCUUACAGGGGCAGGAGAGAGCGGAGGGUCAGCGCAAGCAGCCCAGAGGAACAGCCUGGACCGAGCGGCGCCAAGCACCGCUCCAUCAUUCACACCCUCGGCCACCGUACUGUACCCAAACUCUCCCCCUCCCACGGACACAGGUUCGCCGUGCCUCAUAACCCAGGUCACCUGAGUCGACUGCCGGGGUCCGGGACGGGAAAGAGGGAGCGGGAGGCAGAGCGUGGCGGUAACCAUGGCGAAGAGCAUCCUGCCUCCUCUGCACUAAAGGUCCAGCGCCACAGCAGAGAGGAGAGUUGUGAGGGUCCAGAAAAGGGUCAGUCUUUCUCCUCGUGAGCCCCGCCCACCCUGACGAAUAUGUAUUGCUGUAUUAUACAUGUGUGUUGAAACACGUCCUUUCAUUUUUUGUACUUUAAACGGCCCUUCAGUGACUAAAUUUUAACCAAAUUUGUUAUUAUUGUAGUAUUUUUCAUUGUAAAAUUGUAAGCGCCGCUAAAUCAGCUUCAUAUUUCAGGAAAAAUCAAAGAUGUAAUCAGGUGAUGUGAUUUUAAAACUCGUCCAUGGUCGCAUUUUAUACUCUCUCAGAAACCCAGAACUUCAGCCCGUCUCACUCUCGGCACCGUUGGCAUCUCAGCUCGGCGCCGCUGUGCCUUAGACUCAUGAUAAAAAGGCCAGCAGAAAACUUUUAAUAUUUAUGUGUAGUGAGUCGAUGGCAACAGCGGCGGGAGCAGCAGCUUUUUACACUGUAACGGCUUAAAAACUUAGAACCUGAAGGGGAAUUCCACCAAUUUUUUCAAAAUUUCAAAAAAAAGUAUACAAAAUUUCAGAAAAAUAGAACCUAAAGAAAACUGAACAACAAUUUAACAUAAUUAACAUUACAUAUAACAACUCAAAAGGCAUAUAUCUUCUCUGAUUGUAUAACAAAUCUUGCCCAAUUCUAUCUUUGAGUUGUAGUCAUCGUGAUGUUUUUUCAUCUAACAUUGUUAAAACAAGAGAGUAAAUGUCUUUAGAACUGACAUUUGUUUACAAAAAGCUGUCUUUGUUGAAAUAUGAAAUUUUUAAAAAUCUGUGGAAUUCCCCUUUUACUUUAUCUCAGAAGUGUUCUCAGAUAAUAAGAUAUUAAAGUAUUUGUCAUCCAGUGUUCAGCCAGAUCUCAUGUGUACUGUCUAAAUCUGUCUGUCUCUAUGGUAACUGAAUAUUUGACGAUAUUUGUCUGAUGAUUAGUCCAGGGCUGGUCAAGUUUGGGUCCAAAAAUGCACAUUUGACCUCUCCGGGUUCCGCCCACAAUGUGUUCUUUCAUAGCUACUGUUGUGAAUUCGGGCAAGCUUUACAGAACACCGGUAAAAUCAGAAUCCAAAUAAAAAUUGUAUCACAAUCCACCUUGUUUUUCACUAGACCACUGUGUUUGGAGACUAUAGCUGAAAUAUCCGGUAUAGGAACUGAAGUGUUGCUCGUUACUGUUUUUUAGCGAGGUUAAAGAAAGUAUGUUUUCUUUUUAAGUUAUUGUUUUGACCCAUUAAACAUCUGUGAGGUGUUUCUGGGGCAGCAUGCGGUUUGUGGCUGUCAGCACAGCUGAGCGAAGAUUAAAAGGCUCAGCUGUUAGAGUUGAAAUCUGAGCCCUUAAAAUGCAGCCAGUUAAACUUCACUGUUUACUCCUAACAGACUCACUUUAACUGGUUCACACUUAAUAUUCUCUCUGUAACUGGAUAUAUUCUGCCCUCACCAGCAGGCUGAGCAGGUAGCAGGAAGCUAACCAGCUGUCAGGCUAAUGCUACAAUAAUAAUAGACAGACUAAAAGUUGAAGCUUUUAAAAGAAGCAUUGCUUAAAAAGUGAGAUAUAUUAUUUUCAUGACUGUUAUGAGCUAAAAAUGUCCAUAUUUAAACCAGAGCUGACAUAAAAAUGCCAUACAGUGCUGAGCAAGGCUUGCUAGCUUGAUGCUAACAUAUCUAACGUUAGCUACCAUGGUAAACAAAUGAGGAGCAUUCUCCUAGCGUGGGUUUAAAAACAGAUUUCUACAUUAGACAUCGCUGCUUUAUGGUUCUCUGUCUGUGACUCAGUGUAAACACAGUUUAUUAGUGUGAAUAACCGCUGUAGCUGUGAACAGGAUAAGCACUUCUCUCAUAGCUUUCUGUUCACAGAUUGGUUAAGCUACAAACGUUGGCACACACAUAUUCGAGCACAACAACCAUAAAGUUUUAUUUUAUUUAUUUAUAUUUUUAUUUAUCCCCACGUUUCUGCCAUGUUAGGAUGUUUUAAACAUUCAGCGUAUUGUCUGUUUACACUUCGCUGGAAGUUCUGUCCCUAAUUCACUCAAAGCAUCAUGGGGUGCAGGAAUAAGGUGGAUAUCUACAUUUUUACCAGCGUUCUGUGAAGCUUGUCCAACCUGGCAACAGUAACUAUGAAAGAACACAGUUGUGGGCGGAGCCUGGAGAUGUAUAAGGCUGGAUGAUUGUGUCAGGGCUGCGUGUUUCUGGCUCUUUAUUUAUUUGAAGGUCGAAUCGCUGUACAGAGUUUAUUUGCGUGCUAAUUAGCUUCUUCUUUGCAGGUCAAACCAAACAAAUCCUGUUUUCUGUCAGAUGUUGCACAUUUAGGUGUUUUUUCUGCUCCAACACCUCUGAUUCAAUAAGCAAAUAACAUUUGCUUUCAUUUGAAAUAUUCUGAUUGAUUUUCACCUCUAGUUUUCAAAGAAGUGAGAAAAAUUAGCAUAAGCAGUUAGCGUGAAGCAGCUGUUUGCUAAUAUUGUAUAUUAAGAGGAAGUUUUGCCUAAAUAAUGAUUUGAGAAUGGUUUUCAUUCCCAUAGGCACGAAUUGAAACUUAGCAAACUUAGCCAAAGCCUAUAUGCUAAUAUGCUAAGUAACUGCAAACCAAUGAAGCCUACCUGCUAAUCUGUAUUAAAAACACUUAGCUGUGCCAAAACGUUUGACUGCUGGUGUUUUUUCCAUCUUUAAGAUGCGUCAGAGCAGAGAAAACACUCAAAUGUGGAGAAAGUGGCAUUGAGAACUCUUCCGAAGCUCCAGAAGAGGCGGUUCUAGAUUAGCUCAGUCAUGCUACUGUGGUUAAACGGCAUUAGCUUUAGCCUAAAAGCUGCAUCACUUCAUUGUAGUCUUCCAUCCAUCCACUCUAUACCCGGUCCAGUCCCUCUGACCAGCCCACUGACCCCAUCUGUGUAAAUAUUCCCCUAUGAAUCCUUUUCCUUCCCCACCUUUUAGCUUUUUCUACACCACUGUUUUUCUUUCUCUACGCUGUAAAUUCGCCAUUUGUUGAUUUUCUUUUUUUUUUUUCUACUGAAAUUUCGUAGCUUUCUCUUCUCUCUGCUGAGUUUUAAAUUUAUAAAAAUAGACUUUAGGACUAUGAUGUAUUGUACCAGCACUUUGUCCUGCAGCUUCAGUCUGUGUGUGUUGUACCGCAUUACGCAGAAAAUAAAGCAAAGAGGAAAACAAA